AUGACUGUGAUGGGUUUAUUGCCUUUAGCGCGACUUCCGGGAUCAACAUGGCAGCUUGUGGCUCGGCGUUGCGCUCCAAUCCUCAAAAAACAGCUACCAACAACCGCAGCGGUAGUGCAUGAUGGACAUCAUCAGUCGAAAAGACAUCUUUACACCGAAGGUUUGAAAUCAUACAAUCAGAUGUACGGUAGUUCCAUUCAUGACAAAGAUAAUUUCUGGAGAACAGUUGCCGGACAUCUUCACUUCAAAACGCCAUCUGAUAAGGUUUGUUGUUUUCAUUUGAGAAGGAAUUCGCUCUCAUUCUUUUUUUGA